CAAAAAAAGAGAACUCACAUUUUCACCAUGGCUCCUACGUUCUACAACUACCUGUUUAUUCAGCUAAUAGUCCUCCCUACAGGGCUCUCUCAGUUGGUGAGAACACAGCAGGUUGUCACGGCAACCCUGGGAGAAGAUGCAGUCUUAACCUGUGAGCUCAUGACACUCAAAAACGUGCGGCAAGUCACCUGGCAAAAAGAGACAGCUGAGGCGAAUGAAAAUGUGGCCACUUACAGCAAACGCGGUUCCCAUGUCAACCCACCUUUUCAGAGGAACGUGGAGUUUGAAGACGAGGGACUGCAGAACUGCUCUAUCAUCAUCAGAGGAGUGUCAAGAGGAGACGAGUCCUGCUACAAGUGUCUGUUUAACGCCUAUCCAGAGGGACCUAUCAGUGGAACCACCUGCCUCCAAAUUAAUGAGCUGUAUGGACCCUCACUCCUCAUCACACAAACCAACAACAGUCACACCACUCUGUCCUGUUCUGCUACUGGACGACCUGUUCCUAUAGUAACCUGGGAAGACACAGACAUUCUAGAAAAUUCCACAAUGGCCAAUGUCACCCAUCUCAAUGGAACUGUCACGGUCACCAUAACUUCUACGCUGGCAGCAUUCAGUCUACCCGACAAAGACACCAGGGUUGGCUGUAUGGUGUCACUGUUCUCUGGAGGUGUCACCAAGAACGUAUCCAUGGUUAUUCCAGCUAGAACUCAUGCUUCAUUUCCUGGUGUACCUGAGGUCACUGAUGGUGACAGGAUCAGAGGGAUUGGUGCAGUGAUGGGUUCACUGUGUUUCAUUGCUGUGUGCUGUGGAGCUGCUGUGGUACUGUGGUGCAAACUGAGAAAUACAACGAGAAGCCAAUGACAGAGAACAGGAAGAACCAUCAACACUCAACCCUCAAAAUGAUGACCCUGAAACAAGUAAACAGUGUUUGUACUUACUGUAGGUAAUAGAUUAGAAAACAUUGAAUUGCUUUUCAGUAUCAAAUGUCCUCCCUGGAGAAUAUGUAACUGUAACUACCCACAAAGCCAUUAUAUCAGUACACUACUACAACAUGAUCUGACUCUGAUCAGUAUCAUUGAUGUUAAUAUCUUUCAGGACCACAACAAUAUCCAGUACAUUCUAAAUGUAUUAGUACAACCUUAUUGGAUCAUCCUGGUAGAGUGGUAGUCAUGGUGACCGCAUACAUGCAAAUGAGUUGCAUUGCUGCAGUGUUGUUCCAGUAUGUUAUUUGUAUUUUGUAUUUAUAAGGGAACCCCAUUAGCUGCUACUCUUCCUGGGUCCAAACAUAUUACAGUACUUACAUUACAUAUAAAACAGUACAUCAUAUAACAUUAUUACACCACUACAUCUCUACAAUACAACAUGUUUAAUACCACCAUACAACAAUAUCACAAUGUAUACACAUGCAUGUGUCUGUACCUUUAUAUGUGUCUUCACUGUAUCCGUUCGGAUUCUACUGCUUGUAUUACAUGAUGUGGAAUAGAGUUCCAUGUAGUCAUGGCUCUAUGUAGUAUUGUGCACCUCCCAUAGUCUGUUCUGGACUUGGGGACUGAAAAGAGACCUCUGGUGGCAUGUCUUGUGGGGUAUGCAUUGGUGUCCGAGCUGUGUGCAAGUGUUUUAAACAGACAGCUUGGUACAUUGAGCUUGUCAUCACCUCUUACAAAAACAAGUAGUGAUGAAGUCAAUCUCUCCUCUACUUUGAGCCAUGAGAGAUUGACAUGCAUGUCAUUAAUGUCAGCUCUCCGUGUACUUUUAAGGGCCAGCCGUGCGGCCCUGUUCUGAGCCAACUACAAUUGUGGCACUUGACCACACUACUAAUAGUAGUCAAGGUGCGACAAAACUAUGGCCUGUAGGACCUGCCUUGUUGAUAGUGUUGUUAAGAAGGUAGAAACUAUGGCCUGUAGGACCUGCCUUGUUGAUAGUGUUGUUAAGAAGGUAGAAACUAUGGCCUGUAGGACCUGCCUUGUUGAUAGUGUUGUUAAGAAGGUAGAAACUAGGGCCUGUAGGACCUGCCUUGUUGAUAGUGUUGUUAAGAAGGUAGAAACUAUGGCCUGUAGGACCUGCCUUGUUGAUAGUGUUGUUAAGAAGGUAGAAACUAGGGCCUGUAGGACCUGCCUUGUUGAUAGUGUUGUUAAGAAGGUAGAAACUAUGGCCUGUAGGACCUGCCUUGUUGAUAGUGUUGUUAAGAAGGUAGAAACUAGGGCCUGUAGGACCUGCCUUGUUGAUAGUGCUGUUAUGAAGGCAGAGCAGUGCUUUAUUAUGGACAGACUUGUCCCCAUCUUAGCUACUACUGCAUCAAUAUGUUUUGACCAUGACAGUUUACAAUCCAGGGUAACUCCUAGCAGUUUAGUCACCUUAACUUGCUCAAUUUCCACAUUAUUCAUUACAAUAUUUAAUUGAGGUUUAGGGUUUAGUGAAUGAUUUGUCCCAAAUACAAUGCUUUUAGUUUUGGAAAUAUUCAGGACUAACUUAUUCCUUGCCACCCUAUCCGAAACUAACCGCAGCUCUUUGUUGUAUAGUGUUGAGUCAUCCGCAUACAUAGACACACUGGCUUUACUCAAACAGCUGCCCUGGGGAAUUCCUGAUUCUACCUGGAUUAUGUUUGAGAGGCUUCCAUUAAAGAGCACCCUCUGUGUUCUGUUAGACAAUCAACUCUUUAUCCACAUUAUAGUAGGGGGUGUAAAGCCAUAAUACAUAUGUUUUCCCGGCAGCAGACUGAAUGAUAAUGUCAAAAGCUGCACUGAAGUCUAACAAAACAGCCCCCAUGAUCAUUUUAUCAUCAAUUUCUCUCAGCCGCCUCCCAGGUGGCGCAGUGGUUAAGGGUGCUGUAAUGCAGCGCCAGCUGUGCCACCAGAGACUCUGGGUUCGAGCCCAGGCUCUGUCGUAACCGGCCGCGACCGGGAGGUCUGUGGGGCGACGCACAAUUGGCCUAGCAUCGUCCGGGUUAGGGAGGGUUUGGCCGGUAUGGAAAUCCUUGUCUCAUCGCACACCAGUGACUCCUGUGGCGGGCUGGGUGCAGUGCACGCUAACCAAGUUUGCCAGGUGCACGGUGUUUCCUCUGACACAUUGGUGGGGCUGGUUCUGGGGUGGAUGGCGCUAUGUUAAGAAGCAGUGCUUGGUUGGGUUGUGUAUCGGAGGACGCAUGACUUUCAACCUUCGUCUCUCCCGAGCCUGUAUGGGAGUUGAAGCGAUGAGACAAGAUAGUAGCUACUAAAAUAAUUGGAUACCAUGAAAUUGGGGAGAAAAAGGGGUAAAAUCGAAAAAAGAAAAAAAAAUUCUCUCAGCCAAUCAUCAUUCAUUUGUGUCAGUGCUGUGCUUGUUGAGUGUCCUUCCCUAUAAGUGUGCUGAAAGUCUGUUGUAAAUUUGUUCACUGUGAAAUUGCACUCUAUCUGGUCAAAUAUAUAUUUUUUCUAGAAGUUUACUAAGGGUUGAUAACAGGCUGAUUGGUUGGCUAUUUGAGCCAGUUAAGGGGGCUUUACUAUUCUUGUGUAACGAAAUGACUUUAGCUUCCCUCCAGGCCUGAGGGCACACACUUUCUAAUAGGCUUAAAUUGAAGAUGUGGCAUUAUCAUUGGCUAUUAUCCUCAGUAAUUUUCCAUCCAGAUUGUCAGACCCUGGUGGCUUGUCAUUGUUGAUAGACAACAAUCAUGUUUUCACCUCUUCCACACUGACUUUACGGAAUUCACAAGCACUAUUCUUGUCUUUCAUCAUGUGGUCAGAUAUACUUGGAUGUGUAGUGUCAGCGUUUGCUGCUGGCCUGUCACACAUACGUUUGCUUAUCUUGCCAAUGAAAAAGUCAUUAAAGUAGUUGGCAAUAUCAGUUGGUUUUGGGAUAAAUGAGCCAUCCGAUUCAUUGAAUGAUGGAGCUGAGUUUGCCUUUUUUCCCAAUAUUUAAUUUAAGGUGCUCCAAAGCCUUUUACUAUGAUUCCUUAUAUAAUUUAUUUUUGUUUCAUAGUGUAGUUUUAUUUUAAUUAGUCAUGAUUUCUUAAUUUGAAAUACGUUUGCCAAUCAGUUGGGCUGCCAGAUUAAUUGCCAUACCUUUUGCCUCAUCCCUCUCACCCAUACAAUUGUUCAAUUCCUCAGCAAUCCACAGGGAUUUAACAGUUUUUACAGUCAUUUUCUUAAUGGGUGCAUACUAAUUAGUAACUGGAAUAAGCUAUUUCAUAAAUGUGUCAAGUGCAGUGUCUGGUUGCUCCUCAUUACACAUCAAAGACCAGCAAAUAUGAUUUACCUCAUCAACAUAUGACUCACUAUAAAACUUAUUGUAUGACCUCUUAUACACUAUAUUAGGCUCAGCCGUUGGAACUAUUCUAAAAUGGAUUAAAUAAAAGUGUGAUGAUCACUUUAAUGGUACUGUAUUUCAAACACUGGUCAGUUAUGUUUGUUUUAGACCAUAGCUGUCAAUACUGUUUUUACUUUUUUUUUUAUGAGAACUUGAGUGACUGCUAUGCUGUCUCAAACACAUCUGUGUGGUUCAAAGACUGUUUCUAUCCAUAGGCAUUGUGGGUACUGAAUAGUGGACUGAAUGGCUGACACACAUAGGC